AUGCGAUCGCGCACAGGCUGCUUGACCUGUCGGGCUAGGAAAUUAAAAUGCGACGAGCAAAAACCGCAGUGUUCGCAGUGUCGCAAAGGAAGCCGCGAGUGUCGACCGAGCGAAGGCAUUAUCUUUCGACAUCAGCAGAAUGCGUCGAUGAAUAAGGAUGCCGAGGAGGCUUCGUCGAGUGGUCGCGGGAAUCUGAGAGGAUUUUAUUCGUAUAAAAACACGUUUGACAAGGAUAGUGUGUGGCUGGAUAUCCCGAAGCAGGUGGUUUUCGUCGACAACUCAGAUCCGUAUAACGACGAUCUCGAAGCGACGCUGCACGAGUCCGAAGCCGCAAUAUUGGCUGCGAAUGCGCAGAGUCAAAAUUGGAAUGGGAAUAGCGAUAUCCGUGAUGGAGAGGUACAAGGCUUGGAGGCUUUAUCGACGGCGGCUGCCCACGAUCGGUUUUCGUUUCCUUUAAGUGAUCAGACUCACCCGUCCAUAUCGGACAGUUCUCCCUUUACUGCCAUUUCACCACCUAUCUCUCCUGGACCCUCUCCCGGCCGAACGCGCUCGAUCCCGCCGCAUGCCUCGCCUCCGGUCUCAAUCUCGUCGAAUCCAACCUCCAACCAUAACAACAAUAUCGACUUUCUCCUCAACCCGUCUCACUCGUUAUCUCCACCUAUCGACCCGAGUAUCCAGCAACCAGCCAGGAGCUCCUCAAUAUCCGCAAGAUCAGACGCAUCGCGACUACCCGCAGAAUCGAACGGCGUGCACGCCGAAUCCGACCACGAAGUCGCCUUUCUCUUAAGACACUAUGCAGAAGCGCCGGGCCUGUGGAUGGACCUCUUCGACCUGGGGACAUACUUCGCGUCAUAUGUCCCCAUCAGAGCCCUCACUAAUCCUCUCCUGAAAUAUGCUGCAUGCGCAUUCUCCGCAAAACAACUGGGCCGGGUUAAAGGCGCGAAAGCACCUGUAGGCGGUGUCACUUCGAAACAAUCAGCGAUGGAAAGCUGGCCGGACAUGCAAAAUGUAGACUGGUAUUGGUAUGGUGCGAAGUAUUAUGACAAGGCCAUCCAGCUUUUGAUGAAGGAGUUGCAGCCUGAUAAGGGGCCUCCACCGUUGAGUACACCAGAGGCGUUUGGACAGUGGCAGGCAGCCGAGCUUUGCGAGGAUAAUGAUGAGAACCCGCGCAAGCGUCGACGGCGCCACACGAGUAGUCGUCUUUCGAACGGGGUUCAUUCGGAUGAGGUGUUGACCGCCACGGCGAUUCUGUCGGUUUAUGAGUUUCUCGAUGCCACGCCGGCGUGGAAUAGGCAUUUGAGUGGGGUUAAGUCGCUGCUUGACGUUGCUGAGGUUGGCGUGUUGCCAUUGGAACAGCAUCCCCUUGAUCCGUUUCAGGCACCGAAGAAAUCGGGGUUGUCGAAAGCAAGGAAAGCGAUAUUCUGGAACUUUGCACGCCAGGAUUAUCUUGCAGCUCUCAUCAACGAGGGCCACACAAGGUUAAACACCGAAGAUCUUGUCCUCUGGACAGAAGCCGGCCUCCAACUCGAUAACAUGGGCUUCGUACGCCCCAGCAACACAAGCGCAGCCGGCUACCCCGAAGGCAACGACGUAAUGAAAGAAGACCUAAUCUCCAAUGCCCUCAUCUGGAUCCUCUCCAAAAUCGUUAACUUCAUCAGCGCCGGCGACAACGUGCACCUCAACCAAAACGCAAUCGACACUGGCCCCCUUGGCAUCUCCCAACAAGUCCUCCUAGAACACUGGUACCGUCUCGAAGCGGAGCUCGACGCCUGGCACAACGGUCUCCCAGAUACCUUUCGCCCUUGCGCGCGGAUUGCUCCGUCCACGCUCCCGCACUACCGACCUGUCGACGAUGCCGACGCCGACGUGUCUUUCCUCCCAGAAAUCUGGCAUUGCAUGCCCAUGUGCUCCGCGACAAUGCAGCACUACCACAUGGCGCGCAUCCUCCUCCUAAUCAACAAACCGCACGACUCCACCAGCCGCCGGAGCACGAUCGCCAACCGACUAAACUCGUACCGUUCCAUCGAGAGCGAAAUCCGAUACCACAGUCGCGAGAUCCUGGGUAUAUCACUGGCGCGGCCGGAUAGUUCGGUACGGAUCCACUCGCUCCAGCCGCUGUUUGUUAGUGGGCAGUGUUUGACGGAGGCGAGGGAGAGGAGAUUGAUUGUUAGAUUGUUGAGGGAUGUUGAGAGGGAUCUUGGGUGGGCGACGGGGUAUCGGGUUAAGCAGUUGUUGAGGGAGUGGGGGUGGGGUGAGGAGGGUGGGAGUGAGGGGAUUGAGGAAGGUGUUUCGUGA